AUGGCGGUGCAACUAUUUGCUACACCUUGUCGGAGGAAAGACUAUGGACGGGGCAACUAUUUGCAACACCUUGUCGGAGAAAAGAUUGGGGGACUAUUUCCACCUUGGCGGGGCAACUAUUUGCAACACCUUGUCGGAGAAAAGACUAUGGCGGGGCAACUAUUUGCAACACCUUGUCGGAGAAAAGACUAUGGCGGGGCAACUAUUUGCAACACCUUGUCGGAGAAAGACUAUGGCGGGGCAACUAUUUGCGACACCUUGUCGGAGAAAAGACUAUGGCGGGGCAACUAUUUGCGACACCUUGUCGGAGGUUGCGGAGAAAAGACUAUGGCGGGGCGACUAUUUGCGACACCUUGUCGGAGGAAAGACUAUGGCGGGGCGACUAUUUGCAACACCUUGUCGGAGAAAAGACUAUGGCGGGGCAACUAUUUGCGACACCUUGUCGGAGAAAAGACUAUGGCAGGGCAACUAUUUGCAACACCUUGUCGGAGAAAAGACUAUGGCGGGGCGACUAUUUGCGACACCUUGUCGGCGGAGACAUGGGGACGAUUUGGAAUUGUCGGAGGGAAGACUAUGGCGGUGCAACUAUUUGCAACACCUUGUCGGAGAAAAGACUAUGGCGGGGCAACCAUUUGCGACACCUUGUCAGAGGAAAGACUACGAUGGGGUAACUAUUUGCGACACCUUGUCGGAGGGAAGACUAUGGCGGGGCAACUAUUUGCAACACCUUGUCGGAGGAAAGACUACGAUGGGGUAACUAUUUGCGACACCUUGUCGGGGGAAAGACGGACUUUUGACACUUGCGGAGGAAAGACUAUGGGAGGGCGACUAUUUGCGACACCUUGUCGGAGGAAAGACUAUGGCGGUGCGACUAUAUGCGACACCUUGUCGGAGGAAAGGCUACGAUGGGGUAACUAUUUGCGACACCUUGUCGGAGAAAAGACUGUGGCGGGGCAACUAUUUGCGACACCUUGUUGGAGGAAAGACUAUAGCGGUGCAACUAUUUGCAACACCUUGUCGGAGAAAAGACUAUGGCAGGGAAACUAUUUGCGACACCUUGCCGCGGGACAGAGGAUGGAAGGUGAAGUCAAAGGCACGGGGUGGCAACUAUUUGCAACACCUUGUCGGAGAAAAGACUAG